AUGGGUGUCCACAAUCUUUCUAGCAAAGCAGAGUUCCAGUCCGCUCUUAAGGACAACAAGAUCGUCGUUCUCGAUGCCUUUGCAACCUGGUGCGGUCCUUGCAAGGUCAUCGCCCCGAAAGUCGUAGAGUUCUCCGAUCAAUUCCCCGCCGCCCAUUUCGUCAAGCUCGAUGUCGAUGAGGUCCCGGACGUCGCGCAGGAGCUCGGCAUCCGCGCCAUGCCCACCUUCCUAAUCUUCAAGAACGAGGAUAAGGUCCAGGAGAUCGUCGGUGCGAAUCCCAAGGCGCUGUUGGCGGCUAUUGAGAGCGCGGUCAAGGAGGAUGAGGCUAAGGAAUAG